CCCCAGCUGGAGGCCAUACCAGUCUCGGUUGAGCUGCUCUCGGAAUAAUAAAGUGGGCCGACUAUCAAGCAAACUCUGGCAUAUCUCCGCGAGCGGUUAGGGUGAAACUUCAGCAUUGAAUUUUGUCUUUGGCCGUCCUCCCAUGCUGUGCAACCAAAGAGAACCGCUGAUUGCCAUUUCAGCUCUAUUUCUGGACCAACGCGGACUAUUCGCCUGGCCUGAGUCACAACCGGGAAGCUUCGCCGCAAAACGCAAUCUACAGAUGAAAGCUAGCGUGGUCGGGGUUCUUGGACAAGCCUGACGCCCUAGCAAGCUACGGUGAUUCUCUCUCUCUCGGUGAUCAACGGAUUUGUGAUUCUCUCUCCAUUGCUACAUACUCAUGCCAGUACCGGUAGAGCCUUCGCAAGCACACAGGAUGGUGAUGCUGGCUGCUGUCCUCCUCUUGUCACUGAGGUCUCAGCUGGCAAAUUGCUUGUCACUGCCACCGCCCAAUGUCGAGCUGGAGUUCCCGAACGAGACGCGCAUUGUCGACCCCGAUUUCCCGCAGUACUGGCAGGUUCCACGGCACUAUCUCGUCGAGCAGAGCCCAAUGUCACUGGGUGCCGCUGGCGCGACAACGGAAAUCCGCGGCCCGCCCCUCACCACACCGUCGAGAACCUCGCCAAAGCCCAAGAAGCGGACGCGCUGCAAGCCGCAGAAGGAGAAGUACCUGAUGAAGCUGCUGGCAGACUACAUUCCCCUAUUGCAACAGUUCACGCCCAUCGCCCUGUGCCCGAGUGUGCGUCGCCAGCAGUCGGCCGCACGUCGCCCGCAGGAGCAGAACGCGACACGCACCAGGUUCGACUGGCCGCGGACGUGUCGGCUCAACGAGGUCGGCCCCAGGACGCAGUGCCCGUACAAGCUGUCCUGCAGCUACGACGCCACGCGCUACCCGCCGCUGCUGUACGAGGUGACGUGCUUGCAACGCAGGGCGCUGACGUGGGGCCGGCGCAGCGAGCCGUUCGUGGGCUGUGCCAUGCGCCGCGAGUGCACCAUUGUCACCCAGUGGGUGCCCGUGCUGCGCCUGGCCAGCACUACCAGAUGCGACAGCCAGGGCCGAGAGCAGUGGAUACCGACGCGAGAGAUGCUUCCCGUGCGCUGUGCAUGCCCAUCGCCUGUCUACAGCGGCUGAUGUACUCGAAAGCAAGUGACCGAGAGAGAGCGGACACGAGUACUAGCGGCGCCGGCUCAUCCAAUCUCUGGGAAGCGACUGUGUGGAGAGGACACGAGCUGUUGGUGACGCCGGUUACGCAGGAGGCGCACUGUGUUCAACCGAGCAGAGCGGUCCAACUGCUACAAGCCCACCAGCUCUGGGGCAGUGUCUGGAGCUGAAGAGGCCAUGCUAGUUGAAAACGGGCUGUGGGACAGAACCCUCAAUGAAGUGAACACAUCAAUGCCUUCAAAGACUGGUAAACUAACUUGGACAACAUACUACCUAGAAGUGACGUAAUACCGUUGAUUUGCUCCUCACAUAUUCAGGAUUUAAGUACAACAAUUGCCCCCUCCCCGUCUUUAACACAUCCAUGAGCUACACUUGAGUCAACCCCUUCCCUAAUUCCUACACUAAACCCUAUUUAUGCCCCCAGUGAGAAAGAGCCUAAGAAAUAUAAAUGACAUGAAGCUACCCUGCACCCCAUCCCCAGACACACACACACACGUGUCUUGAAACAGAUAUCCCCCUUCUCUUGACAUCAUCCUGCACAACAGGUAGCGUUAAAGAAUAAGAGCUGUUGAGUCCGGCGGAUUGUUCGUGAGUAUCACGCUUGAGAUUUGAGAUGGUCACUGCUGCCACAACACUGAAUUUUGCGCUCUACAGCAGUAGAUAGACACAUUACUAUCACCACACGCCAUUUACUAACACUUGCAAUCCUCCUCUAUGCUUAGCAUUCCGUGCGGAGAAUGAUUUGCUGAAACAUCA